AUGGCUUCUGGAAAAUUAGAAACAGGGAUCACCUUCCUUAUUCAAACUGGAGUUGGGAUACUGGGAAAUUCCUUUCUCCUUUGUUUUUAUAAUUUCAUGUGGCUCAUUGGAAACAGGUUGAGAUUUAUGGACCUCAUUCUCAACUAACUGGCCUUGGCCAACUCCUUGGUCCUUUUCUCUAAAGGAAUACCUCAGACAAUGGCAGCUUUUGGAUUUAAAUAUUUCCUGGAUAAUACUGGAUGUAAGCUUGUCUUUUUUAAUCACAGAGUGGGCACAGGAGUUUCCUUCAGCACCAUCUGCCUCCUCAAUGGAUUCCAAGCGAUUAAGCUUGACCCCAGUAUAUGCAGGUAGCUGGAGCUCAAAAUUCGAUCCCAAAAGUUCAUUGGCUUCUGUUGUUUCCUCUGUUUCUUACAUCUCUUGAUAAAUACAAGUGUUCUUUUUCUUGUAAACGGUCCGUUGGAUAGCAAAAACUUUAGUGUGAAAAACAAUUAUGGAGUCUGUUCCUGGGCAAUGCCAGAAAGAGUUGGCACUUUAUAUACAAUUAUAUACUUUUCCCCUGACUUUUUGAGUUUGGGCUUCAUGGUGUGGGCCAGUGGCUGCAUGGUCUUUGUCCUGUACAGACAUAAGCAACGAGUCCAGCAGAUUUGUAGCAACAGACUCUCCUCCGGACCUUCUCAUGAGGCCAGAGCCAUAUGCACCACCAUGGUCCUGGUGAGCUCCUUUUUUGCCUUCUUUUCGGUCCACUCUAUCUUGACAGUUUGGAUGACUCACUUUAAAAACCCAGGUCGGUGGAUAGUGGACAACUCUGUGUUUGUGGCCUCCUGUUUUCCAGCAUUCAGCCCCUUUGUGCUCAUCUUCAGUGACACCCAUGUCUCUCAUUUCUGUUUUGCCUGUAAGACAAAGAAAACACUUCUUCCAGAUCUGGUUGCCAUGCCAUGAGUCUGUUCUCUUCAUCAAAUUCAGUCAUAUAUUUCAGUAUUUGUCAGUAUUUGUAAACUGUUGUGUUAGUUUAUGAUGCCAACAUACAUAUGGGCAAUAAUGUCUCUUUCCAUGUAGAUCUUAUAGUAGGACUAAAAGUGAAUAUUGUGGAUACUGUUAUACAAAGAACACUCAAUCUAACUGCUAGAUUCUUUGGGGAAUAGUUCAGAAAUUAUCAAAAUAGGUUAAUGGAAUAAUUUUUUUGUUUAGGGAUUUAGU